AUGGAUAUGUUCAUGCCGAUGCCCAUCAGCUACACGCGGCCAAUAAUCAAAACAGGCCCAGACAAUAGAACCUCGACGGAGCGUGGUGACGGAGCUAACAACGAGACAGCUGGCGGAGAAGACAAACAAGUGACAGGCAAACAAGUCUCAACGGGCCGACGUCGCGCCUUUUCGGGCAGAUCGAAGAAGUUACUAGUCAGAUCAGGAUCGGGAUCCGAGUCCAGGUCGAGUUCGAGGCAGAGAACUGGCAAAAGGAAAAUACAGAAGCGCACACAAAGCAGCAACGGUGAUGGAGACAGCGGAUCCGAGGCUGCGUCGAGAGCAAUUGGGCGCAGGAGUAACGACUUGGGCGUACCGAAACCCAGCAGCACCAGCAACAAUAGCACCAGCGCUAGCGGCGGCGGCGGCGGCAGCAGCAGCACAACCUCGCCUAGUCGGGAAGAACAUGGCCGAUUGCUGGACCUGAACCUGAAUCUGAACUCGAACCUGAACCCGGACCCGAACCCUGUAGCCCCGCCGAUUCCAAUCAUCACCAGGAAGGCCCCUUUCAACACCACAACCACCACUGCAGAUUCCCCCGUAUCUGCUGCGUCCCCAUCUACAGUUGUGUCGCCAAUUGGCGCAGACAUUAGCCAUAAACCCCUCCCUCAGAUCCCGUCCGUACGUCCAACGAGAGAGAGCGCUUCCGUCAUCCUCUCCGCCGCCAGCACAAACGCCGCAAGGAGAAUUAUCCCUCGCACUGGUCGUGGUACAGAGAGCCUAUUUGCAUCUGCAUCUGCAUCCGCAUCCGCACCUACACCUACGUAUACAUCUACAUCUGCGUCGUCCGCGUCUGCGUCUGCGUCUGCAAUCGCUACAGCAGCUCUCCGGCCUCGCGCAUCCUCCUCAUCUCAAUCACAACACGCUGCCAAUGGGUCCUUGUCGGCCCUGAACGCAUUCAAGAACCAUCCGCCGAUCCCGCCCUCGCCAUCAUACACCGGCGCUGGCCCCGGUGCUGGUCUUGGUGCUGGUCUAGGUGCUGGCGCUGGCGUUAGCAUCCUGCCACUGAGAGGCUACCCUCAACAAGGGGAACGGCCAAGUCACAAGCAACGACAAGCACAACGGCGAACCUCGACGACGCAACAUGCCGCUAUGGUCCCCGCUCCUUCACAGAGCUCUUCUUCCACAAAAUCCUCCUCCACCUCCGCUGCCUUCCGCCGUACCGGCAGCCUUUCCUCUACUUCCAUCUCCGGAGUUGCCAGCUCUCAUCGUACUGGCGUCAUGACCUCCGAUCACCUGCCCCCUUCCUCCCACGAGGGCUCCUCUCACAUUUCAGUGGGAAACAUAUCCAACACAUCUGGGCUUCUCAAGACCAAGAUCAGCGUAGGGCCCAAGCCACUGAUCAUUUGCAACGGCCGCACCUACAUCCACGAUGACCAGCUUCCAUACCCCUUGCCCGUCGAUCUCGCAGAACUGCAUCGCCAGUCUCUACGUACCCUCCUGCUGUUUCAGCUCUUUGGAGGGCCCAUCAUCUCGACCGCCUUCGCAGCAAAACCACCUCAGCGCAUCCUCGAGGUCGGCUGCGGCUCUGGUUUCUGGAGUAUGAUGUGCCACCGCUACUUUGCCCAGCACGGCCAUCACGGUAUCUCCUUCACCGGCAUCGAUAUCGUUCCUCUUUGUGGUACUGGUCCAGAUCCGAAUUCCAAACCCGACAAAGAAAUGAACUGGCGCUUCAUCCAACACGAUAUGCGCCGCGCCCCUUGGCCAUUCCCGGACGGCGAGUUCGACCUCGUCAUGGUCAAGGAUAUGGCUUGUGCUGCACCUGGUCAGUUUUCUCAGGUUUUCAUGGACGAGUAUCUGCGCAUUCUGAGGCCAGGCGGCGUUCUCGAGAUUUGGGAGACGGAUAUGAGCAUGCGUAUGCUGAGGCCGCAUGUUCCUGCGACCCCCGCGACGCCCGUCGCAGCCGCACCCAGCGUGGCCAAGGACAGCGAGUCGGAAAGUGAGGAGGAGGACGAUGCCACCCGACUAGGUGUAUACGUUGUAUCAGCUAAUACCCCUUUGUCUGCACCACUCAACCAGUUUUUGGUAGAGUACAAUGGCUGGCUGAGCAAGGCUUUGGACGCGCAGUACCUCUCUGCUGUACCUUGCACCAUGAUGGGCCCCAUGCUUCUCCAGGAGGACGGUCUCAUCGAGGUACGUUCCAAGCGGCUGGCUGUGCCACUUUCCGAAAUCCGGUGGGAGCGUGAAGGCGUUGGCGGUGUCGUUACCAAAGAUGGGAAGAGCUACAUUGAGAGCAUGAAAGGCAAGGGCAAGGCCCACGAUACCAAGGCUGGUAAGGGAGGCAAGACGCUUACAGCGGCACAAGCAGCUAUUCGGAGAACGGCUCUUGAGACCAGUGUCGGAUUGGUACAGGCUCUCGAGCCCAUGCUGCGGGAAGUCAGUGGAAAAAGCCAGGAUGAAUGGGACGGGUGGACGGGGAAGAUGAUGAACGAUUUGCUUAGAGACGGCGGGACGAGCUGGGGCGAAUGCCUCGAGAUCGGAGCCUGGAGCGCGAGGAGGAAGAAGUGA